GGGACACGAGGUUGGAGGGGCUUCAUAGCCAGCCCUGCUCACUGGCCUGCCUGCUGAUACUCAAAUCACCUCUGUAGCAUCCCUGAUUUUUCCACUGCCUCGGGCUCCUCUGCUCAGGACCAUGUGUUCAGACAGGGCUUUGAAGGCUUGCAGCGUCCUCCCACAUGUGCUGCUGAGGCUGGGAGUGGUGUUAGCUCUAGGACUGGGAGGAAGGACCGGGUGGAAAGCAGCAUGGGAGAAAAGCAUUCGUCCCUCUGGGAGAUGCCCAGAUGGAGCAACUGGAGGCACUCCUGCCAACCAUCUUCACCCCGGAGGGUCAUGAAGAGCAGGGGGUGUGCGGGGGCUGGGGACAUCCAUGGGCUGCAGCACUGUGGGACAUGCUGUUCCAUGGGUCUCCUGGUGGUUUUGAACUUCUGCACAGUUCUCCAGUUAAACUGUUCUCCAGACAGUUUAAAAGGUUUUGGAGCUCUUUGAGAUGGAGGCAGAGAUGCUACCCCCUGCUUUACCAGGCUUUUGGAGGCUCUUUGGGCUUGGUGGGGCUGCUUUCUGCCCAAGACUGUGCUGUGGGGAGAGCAAGGGUGGUUUAUAACGGUUGCAGAGAUGGAGUUUGAUUCUUACAGGCAAACGUGAGAUUUGUGGGCAUGGGUCCAAGUUGUCUAACACCCUCUGCUCCAGCACUCACUCAAUCCCCCUUCUCCAAAGUCCUUGCUCCUUUUUCUGGCCCUCUGUGUUUUGUUGAUAACAGACCAGGGCAUGGGGUGGUGCUGAUAGGGGGUGAUGCUGAUGGCCCUUGCGGCUGGGGGUGGGAGAGGGCCCAUCCUGCCCUCUCCCUUCCCACCCAAGUGUGUGCUAAGAUGUUGCUCAUAACUGUGCUUUGCCAAGCAUGGGCUGCCUGGGAGCCACGGGAAGUCACCAGGCUGUGAAUGUGAGCUACUAAUUUGCUAUAAGAUGCUGGUGGUUUGCAUGAGCAUGGACUCUCAUGCAGAGCUGUGUGAAGAAAAACCAGUGUGCUGGCUUUUCUGAGACCCUAUUUUCCUCAGUCCCUUGGAUUGGCAUGGCUCCAGUUUGGCUCAUGGCUCGAAGGGAGGAGAUGCAGAAAUCUGAGUCAGCUUUGAGUGCUUACAAAGUUGCUCACAUAAAAAUAACUCAGCGUUCUUUGGGAUGUUCGUCAUUAGUAUCAUCCGUCUGUCUGUCUGCUCUGUACUUUUGUGGCCUUAUCCUGCUGGUAGGCUUUGCAGUAUUUAGAUAACAGCUCAAGGAAAACUGUUAAUGUUAAAUGUAUGUGCUCGCUAGCGUCCUCCUUUUUUGCCUCCUUGGAUAGGACUGGCCUGGCUCUGGUUGCCCCUAGGAAAAAAACCACAUUUCCCCCCCCCCCCCCCCCCCCUUUUCACUCCGACCCAGUUUCUGAACCUGAAUGUCUGGUCGAUUUGCUGUGAGCAGGAGCACGAGGGACCAAGACAGUUUGUUUGCUGCUUAGGAGUAACACCAAGCAAAAUCCCAUCUGGACAAAAUGCUCUUGGACAGUGCACUCGUGGGGCAAAUUCACCCUUUGCUAUCACCUUCUUGCACAGAUGUUUCCAGAGGCUGUUUUGCUCACAGAUUAGACAAAAUCUACCAUAAAUGUUUGCCUUGUUGCUAAUGGCAGUUUUCAACUUCGCUUUCCCACAAAUACAUGAGCUGUUGUUGGAGGAUUGCAUGGCGCUCUGCGUGGGGCAGAUGGAGGUCAGGAUGGCUUUGGCUUACUGGAUCCUUUCCAGUUCUGUGCAGAGAGAAGUAACUGCACACAAAAAAAUACAUAUUUGCCUCAAUCAAACUCCUUUUAAAGCAAGAAACUAGGUUCAGUGCAUCAAGGGAAAAAAAAAAGUCAACUUUUGGGCUUUAUUGGGAUUUCAGGAUCAUGUGCAGGGGAGAGGGGAGGGAAAGCUUAGUAGUGGGAUGGCAAAAUGCAUGGCCAUGCACAUGGUAGCUAGAAGGAAAAAUGUGAAGGAUGGAUGAGUAGACAGCUACUUAUCUAUGGAAAUGGAGUUAAAGCUGCAAGAGAUGUCCAGAAGUUGGAUGCUGAAAGAUCUGUGUGAAAUAGGGAUGGGCACAGGGUGACCCACAGAUGAGACAUCCUAAGGGUCAGGAAAAGGCAGGCAGAAAUGGGCUGGUAUGGAGCCCAGGGGUGCAGCUUGCAAAAAUAAUGACUGUAUUUCCUCUUGUGAGCUCCCAUGCUUCAGAAACUCUGCUUUUGUGGGGUUCAUAGCUGCAAGGGGAGGCUUUGAUGCCUUUGCAAGGGGGAAGCAGGCCCGGAGCAGUGUGGUUAGGCAGCAUUUACACAUUCAGAGAAGAUUAAGCCAUGAAACUCCCUGGAAGCAGAAAACAACCCUUUGGUUUCCCUUCCCACGGACCUGACUGGAGGCUGUAGGAUCUCCUGGCUGGAAGUGACUCACCACAGGAGCAGCUGAGCUGAUGCACAGUGUGAUGGGAAGAUGCUUUGUGCUAAUGCAGCCACAGCUGUCAGAAUCCCUGCUCCAUCUGACAGUGAGUCACUGACCUCUCAUCCUUGGGUGCUAGCUCAGGUCCAGCUGGGUACUGGGAAACACUAGGAUGAAAUGUAGAGUUCCUAGUCAAGCCCUUGCAUGCAACAUGCUCACAGCACACCUUAUUUCCUUGCCCUCAAAUGCCUCAAACAGAUCUGUGGUUUCACCGUGCCCCGUUCCUUACCCACACCUGCUCACAAAGCACAAAUCUUGGUGCCUCCAGCUGGAGGGAGCCCGGACAAGUUGUCCUCAGCCAGUGGUGCAGGAAGAAGUACAUGGAGGUAGCAAAGAAGAGGGCAGAGAUGGGUUUGCUUUGCACCAGGAGAAGGAGUUGCACAUGUGGAGCUGUGGCUGGGUCCUGCAGCUGGGUCUGUGGAGCCGGGGAGCUGCGGUAAGCCAGGAUGGGCACCUCACAAGGUGCCUUUGUGCCUGGCAUUGAAAUCCAGGACAAGAAAUUAAAGCCAAGAAUGACAGGUUUUUAUUUGUUUCUGAGGUGCAAGACAACAACAGGUGUAAGCACAACUACUCACAAACUACAAAGAUGAUGGAGCCAAACUCUUCUCAAUAGCAUUGGGUGACAUAGCCAGGGGUGAGCAACUCCUCAUGUCUGAGCAGGGGAACUGGUCCAAGAAAUGUUUGCUGAAGAGGUGAAGUAGACUCAGGGCUAGGCUGCUCACCAGGCAGGAGUGGGUUUACUGCUUGCAGGAGCAUCUGGGCUGUAGGGCUCUUGCUCUUUCCUUCCAGGGAGUUUCUUUACCUGCAGAGACUGCAUUUGUGCUCUUCAUCCCAUCUCCUGGGGGAAUGUUUAUUCUGUUAUCUACCAACCACAGCAUGCAUGUCCCCCCACCUGCCCCAUCAGCUGGGGUGCCCUUGCAGGGUGGCUUCGUGUCUGCGAGGCUUUGCAUGGGGUUUGCAAAGCAGCUGGGUCCUUUGGAAGAGAAAGCUGGAGUAAAUAGGAAGAGCAACUGCUUGUGAUGAUCUUCUAUUACUACCAGGAAAGCAGAUCCCGGGGGGUUGAUCCACUUUAUCACUGCCUGGGAAUGACGGAAAUUCAGGGGGAGAGGAAGGUUGUAAUUGCAGGCAGUGCUUGGUCUCUCAGCCAAGGCUGUUAGCGGUGGUGGCCGGAGAAGGGCUUGGCUUGGUUGCUGUGCCCCAGGCAGGAGCCCAUCAUGCUUGGCUUCCCCCCCCGAGCCUCGGCUCAUGUGGUAGCCGGGGCUGGGGUGGAGGCUGCUUCGGUGGGAAUUAUUCAGCUUGUGGGGAGAGCGAGGAGGCUCUUGGCAGUGGGACCCAGAACAGGGCGUUUUGCUCCUUUGAUGGCCAGAUGGAAACAGAUGGGGAAGAAGGGGGAAAAAACCCCCAACAACUUUCACAUGUAAAAAUUAACUGGAACGGGAUGGUCGUCAGUGUGGGGUGGUGGCUGGCAUCUGCACACAGCAUGUGAGGUGUCCUUCCAUUGCUUGGCCCCAGUGCCACAGCUCAUCCCACUGCCCCGUCCCACAGCUCUGCUCCCAGGGAAGGGACAAAGCAAGGCAGAAAAGCACUGUGACCCAGUCUCACCAGUAACACCAUGGCUAGGCCCCAUCCACCCCCCCAUCCCUUCUGCCCCCCAUUUAGGGAGGGGGGGGAGGGGGUGCGUUUUGGUGGGGAACAUCUUUUAGUUCUUAAAAAGUUCAGCAAGUUCCAGGAACAUUAUGUCACUUUGACAAGGAAAUGAAUUGUGAGGCCAUCAAUCAAAGCUGCAGGCACGCAGAUCAAAGGACCCCGCAGCGCUCGAGCUCCCUUUUACAGCCAGAGCCCUGCACAAUCCCCCUUGCUCAUAUUCCCUGCGGUUGCUGCAGCAACAGCACGCUACAGCGGAUGCUUCACAUUUUUAUUCGCGCCACACAUGUUUCCACUCUAACACUGCAAUAACUAGAAAAACCUGUGAAACCAAAGCUGCUUCCCCAGCCUCCAGGGGCAGCAGCUAUUCCUGGCUCCCUUUAAUGUUCUCAAUUUAUUAGUGUUAUCCUCCUUUUUUUCACACAGGAUAAAAUAGAGAUUAUUUUUGUUCUCUUUAACAAAGAAAAGAAGCUUGCAAAAAAACCAAACAAAACCAAAAAAAACCCCACCCAAAAAACCCUCUGCUUCAAGGCUUGGCCUCUGAUUUUUUGCCCAGAAUUAUUUGCAGGCGUAAUCAGGUCCUCGGCCAUCAAAGCGAUGCUAUCAAUAGCACUGGGCUCACACAUGGACUGUGUUACCCCUGCACAGCCUCAUCUCUUUGCAGCAACAGGCAGGUUUGCAGCCCAGUGUUACCAGCCUGCAAACUGAGGGUGGAGCUGGGGGUGGCACUUUCUCAGCCUUUCUAGCCCCAAACGGCAUUUGCACACAGACAGUGAUGUAUGUCCUGGCCCAACCCCACUCUGCCCACCAAGGGCAAGUCGUUAUAUCUGUGGUGGUUGUCCAGGUUGAAUCCAGCUCUCUCAUUCACUCCUCUUUACACUGUUAUAGCAGAUGCAGCCCUGGUUUAUGUCACACAACACAAGAAAAAUCAUGCGUUCAACCCUGUCCCAAAACCCAAGGAUGCAGAAGCCUUCUGUCCAUCUGCCUUACAUCUGUGGUGAUGGAGCAUCAGUUCCAUACCGAGCUCUUCUGCAGUGUGCUUUGACCCAAGGACCCCAUCUACCACCUGAGACCUCCUCCCAUCAUAGCCAACCCAGCUCAGGGUGUCCAACAAGGUCAUGACAGACUUCAUACUCUAGAUCCAACUCAGGAAAGCCAAAAGAUACGACAUCUUUCACCACUGAGUAAGAAGCAAAUCACUGUAAUAACUUUGCUAUUUGUGAUAUUAAGUGGUUCCUCUGCUCUCUCGUGGGGUGUCCUGAGUGGGACAGAGCUGGACCUGGUGACAAGGCAGUGCCAUGCUGUCCUUCAGACCAUGCAGAGAGCAACGGCCUCUUGCUCUGAUGGACCACCUCUGCAGAUCUGUGGUGGAUGGGGAGAGGCCAGAACAUCCUGGCACAACAGUCUGAUGUUUGUGUGAGCAGGCGAGUUGUACUGAAACAAGGUGAGAAAGCAUUUGUGCCAAAGCUCAGCUUUGCUGGGACUGAGAGGAAAGCCUGGUCCCCUGUGGGGACAGCACGGAGCAGAGCUGGGAUCUGUGAGGGGCUUUGGAGACCUGCUGAUGGGGAAGAGGCUGAAAGGGCUUGGCUUUAUUUGCAGCCAAGCAGAUGGCAGAGAGGGGGGUCAGACAUAUCCAGGAGUGAAGGCUAGUGAAGAGCAUCUACAGGCAAUGUGAAGCUCAGAGACAGAAAUAGGCUCAGGCUGACCAACAUGUGUUUUCAGCCUACCAAAGGACCUGGUUUUGAUGGGAUGCCUCAGCCAUUUUCUAAAGAAACCUUGGCUCCCACCUCAGCUCCAUGAAAGAGCUCCUACCUGAGGUCCCACAGCCUCUCUUAAGUUACUGCUGUGCCUCAGGCUUGUUUUUGCAGGUAAUGGACUCCCUGCUCCCUUGCUCUCUGCCCAUGUGUGGUUUGAUAGUGUCCUUGCUUUCUUUUCUUUCACCUUUCCUUUCUUUCCAAAGGGCUGUCUGCAAGAGCCCUGCAAACCAUCUUCUGGGCUCAGACCUGCUGAGGACAUCCCAACACUGGGGACUUUUCCUACCUAAACCAGAAAAAAAAGCUGCUCAGGAAAGAUGGAUAUGAGUAGGGAGAGGAUGGAGGAAGACCAGGAGGCGAGGUGGGCAGAGGGGCUGGGACAUGGUGUGAAUUCAAAUCUUCCAUCUGGUGGCUUCUCACUGAAUCAAGCAAGCUAAGCUUUUUUUUUUUUUCUUUCCCUCUGCAUAUUUAAGGUCUGAAUUUUUCACUGAUCUGUCAAAACGAGCGCUAUAAAACUCAGCUAGCUGAAAAAGCCAAGUUAUUGAAACCAGUUUGGUGACUCAUGACCUUUCCAUGAAAAUUUUAUGUUAAUAUUCUUCCAAAAAAACCUCACUGGAAGAACAAAUUGGAAAGUUUAAGGGAAAAAGUACUCUUGCCACAAAACAUCCAAAUCUGGGUAAAAAAGCCCACUCAAGCGGUUCAGGGUGCUUAGCUGAACCUUCCUGCAGAUCAGAGCUCAUUGUAUUUCUCCUUUUGCUCAAGGAUAUCAGCAACAAUACCAAACUUCACUUCCUUCAUCCAAAACAAUUCUCCAGGGAAAUUAGAUUAAAUGUCUUUUUUUAAAAAAAAAAAAAAAAAAAGGGAAAACAAUAAAAAAAUAAUAAAAAAAUAAAACGCAGGCACAAGCCCGUGCCUCAGCUGGUGUUAAUUGGCAGCUUCCCAGCCCUUGGCAGAGCUGAGCCAGCUCCUCCAAGCGCGGGAUCAGAGGACCCUGGAUCCUCCUUAAAUCCUGCCCUCCCUGGGGUAUUUUUUCCUUGCCCUUUGUUUUCUCUCGCUUUCCCAGGCCCCUGUGAUCUAUUGUCUUUCCGCAUUAUGAACAUCUGAUAUUAGUUGCUGUCUUGACAACGCUCGCGUGUGAGUAAUGUGUUGAGCCGAUGCCCUGCCAGCACCAUGGGCUUUGGUGAGAAGGAAGGAGCAAAGUCACGGGGCUCCAUCCCAGCAGGUCCGAGUAUCAACCAGUUUCUGAGCAUCUCUUACUUAUUUAAGCAAUAUUGGGUGUUUUUCACACUUCGUUUCUCUGCUAGUUCCCAUCUGUGGCUACUGCCAUCCCCGACAAGCUGACAUGAGCACAGGGAGGAUGGGGCUGAGCCAAAGCCCUCUAAAAACCAACAUCAUCAUCCAGCAUCACUCAGGUCUCCCUGGGAGAGGGGCUGAAUGUGGCUCUUUGAGGUUGCCAUAACACUUGGGCCCCCACCUAGCAUGAAGGAUGUUCAAGAGAAACCUGUGGAAGGAUGAGAAAAGCUCAUUGUAUUUCUCCUUAUAUAUCCUUAAAAUAGAGAAAAGCACCUGUAGGGCAUCCGCAUCCCAAGUGAAAAAGCAGCAUUUGGGUGGGUAUAAUUCGGGAGGCAAAGGGGUUGGAAAGGGUUUUACUGUGAGCACUGAUGGACAAUGGGAUGUGUGUCUGGUCAGCAAGGCUACAGAUGCUUGGCAGGUCUACAGAGCAUAUUUUUAAGAAAUACCUCGUAGCUGAGCUUGAAUGGAAGUUUUUCUACUGGAAACCUUUGUAACGUGCUUGAGCAAAGUUGGCCAAGUCUCUUGCUGUUAUUCAACUCCACCCCAAAGAGCGGAGAGGCCAUCCUCCUCCUCCUCCUGCUCCUUUCCAGGUUGUAGGGCACAAGUCAGAUGUUCUUGAACAGAGGUUCAAGGAAAGACUGCAGUACAACAGUAUAGGGUAUCCAGGAUGAAGAUAGUACUGACAAGGUGAGAAUAUUAGUUUGUUAUAUGCAGCAAGACAAUAAAAAAAAGGUCGUUGCCUUUUGAAGGACUGCAUCCUCCUGGUCAUGCUCAGCCUGAGUUGCUGCAUCUGCAUUGUUGCCAGUCUGGGGGGAGGAAGGGGAUCCCACCACAGCACAGUGUAGGCUCAUCAGUGGAGGGGAAUUCUGCAGUACAUUAUAUAUUUCUGCUAAUAAAAUAUACUAUAUAUGGAAAUUUGUUAGGUGGUAUAGAAAGGAGCUAAUUUAAAAGUAUCUAUAGAGAGACAGGCAUAUGUCAACUCAAUAAUUUAUGUUUUAUUGAUAUUAUUUUGAUAAAUUACUGAUACUGUUUUAAACUAUUGUUCCCAUAAUACCCCUUUGUGCUCUCAUUAUUAGACAGAAUAGCAAAGCAAAAGUGUAGCAAGGGCUACGGAGCUCUGCUGGGGGUGAAUCCCAACAUCCCCAAGGAGCAUCAUGCCAGGAUUUCAGGAUCCCUCCAAAGACACUCAGGGUGAGAGUUCCCAAUGACCAAGAGCCAGGAGCAAUGCCAGGAGAGCACGAUGAGCAGAGACAGCUUGGAUGAGGCCAAGACAUUGUGAAGAAGAAACACAUUGGAGAGGCAGAGAGGGCACAGGCAGGAGAUGGAAAGGUCAUAGGGAUUCCCAAAGGUGUAGGAGCUCUUUGGGGGCAGGUGGCUGGAUGUGGGAGGAUGGUGCGCCACCAGUUGACUCCAGUUUCAUGUGCUGAUUCUAGCAGUGUGGUAACAGAGGGCUGAAAACUAUCGAAUAUAAGGAGGGGCCUGUUCAGAGUAUUUUAUGGCUUGGUAGUCUGACCUUGGGUAAAAGAGGGUGCAGCUCUCCCAGCAUUUCUGCAGGGAGGAGAAAGUGGGUUUAUUUGCAGGCAAAGUCAGGACUGGUGUGAGGAAGUGCUACUGCUUAUAGUGCUUGAUUUCCUGGACGUCGGGGGCUGAGCUGGCUGUGGAUCCAGCCAGGAACAGAGUCUGGACCUAUCUGCAAUAGCUGCUGUAUUUAUUUGAGAGGAAUAUGAUGGUGGAUGAGUAUUGGCUUCCAUCUGUAUAAUAAGGGCUAUUGUAGACUGCCAGAAAUGUACAGACAGAAGAGAGAUGGAUGGAUGGAUGGAUGGAUGGAUGGAUGGAUGGAUGGAUGGAUGGAUGCAAACUCAAAUUAAUUUUUAGUUAUGCCAUUUUUUAAGAGCAGUAUGGAUGCCUAUCACUGUUGCUUCUUCCUUUGGACUGAGAGAAUAUCUCUAUUGCUCUUCAAAACAUACGUGGUGGCCCAUUUCCACUUGAAUCUCUCAUGGAUAAAAGUCUCCUAUUCCAAACUGAACAAGUGAGUAUCUCUGGCUGGCUUUUGCAGGGCCAACUGAGCUUAAAAUGUUUUAAAAAGACAAAAAAAAUCAAAAAAGCCUCCCCUGAACUCCAAGGCUGGUGCUCACAUUAACAUAGGCAAUGUCCCCUGACAUCCGGGCAGGGCAGCAGACAGGAGCAUCUGUGCCGGAGGGCUUGGUGGUGUCGGUGGAGGAGGGAGGGAGGAAAUCUGGAACCCAUAAGCUCCACUGAUGUUUGCAUUACCUUGCACGGCUGCAUUGGUCUGUGCCUGGUCCGCCCACAGUGCUCCUCGCCCUAUCAGCAAGAGCCAUUCCCCAAAGUUAUCCAGACACCCUCCUCACUGUAGCCCAAAGGACAAACCAACGGAGCUCCUUGGAGGGCUCUGCAAGGCUUGGGAAAUUUGGGGAGGCUGAAGGGUGGAUGCUCCAGGGUGCACCUCUUGAGCAGGCGCUGGCUCCUCUCCGGGCCUCCUUGCUGCUGUGCCGGGGCUGUUGCAUCUUGUGAGAGCCCAGAGCCCUUUGCCUGCAAGGAGUUGAGAAGAUGAAAGAGGAAAGCAUGUGCCCAGACUCCCCUGAAGGCAGCCUGGUCACCAGCGAGGAGGAAGGUGAGCGGCUGCAUAAGAAAUGCCUCCGCAAGCGUGGCCAAGGGGGCAAGCCGCUGGAGGACUGUGGUGCCCCCUCGCCGCAGGGCAAGCGGAGCAAGCGCAGCCCCGUCCCACAGUCCUUCGAGGACAUGCACACACAGCGCGUAAUUGCCAACGUGCGGGAACGCCAGCGGACCCAGUCACUCAAUGACGCCUUUGCAGAGCUGCGGAAGAUCAUCCCGACACUGCCUUCCGACAAGCUGAGCAAGAUCCAAACCCUCAAGCUGGCUGCCCGCUACAUAGACUUUUUGUACCAGGUCCUGCAGAGUGAUGAGCUGGACCACAAGAUCACCAGCUGCAACUACCUGGCCCACGAGAGGCUUAGCUACGCCUUCUCCGUCUGGAGGAUGGAAGGGGCUUGGUCCAUGUCCACAUCCCACUGAGCCGGGGUAAGAAAUACUCAAGUUAUCAACUCCUGUAAUAGCUGCCUGUUUUCCCAAGCCUGCAGGAAAGCUGAUGUCUCUGGCUCAGCGGACUUGGUCUUCCCCACAUCCCCACUGCCUGCAGCCAGGAUUUGCAGGCAG